CUUAUAGAAGAUGUUUUGGUUCAGUUUGGAAUGGGCUCAAAGGUCGUGAGUCGUGAGCGUCACUUGCAACCCGAAUUAUCGCCAUUUUCUGCUAUUGUAUCGUCUGUAUCGUUGAGACUCGUCUGAAAAUAUUUUCCGGCCACAUCAUAAAAAGGCCAGUGAACCCAUUACAAAUGCAUUAACAUAAGCAGACAAUCUCAUUUCUUCUCCCAAUCCCCACGAACUGCCAUAACCAGGGGUUGGCCUAGUCGCCGAAGAACUGACAAAUUCAGGCCGAGCUGUCAUUUUCUCCCGCAAAAUGGAACCGGACGUGAGCAUAGAGAGCGGGUGCAUGAUCCGCAUUGCUGUUCUUCCUGUGGGUGAUAUGCCUCGAUCCAAUAUGAGGGACUAUGUAUCCAUGCUCCUUCGCCUUAAUAAGAUCGAGCUCUCGUCUAUUAGUUCCUUUUACACAGAGCAUCAAAAGAGCCCCUUUGCUCAUCAGCCUUGGGAAAAUGGUAGUCUGAGGUUCAAAUUUUUGGUUGGAGGUGCUCAACCUAGUGCGUGGGAAGAUUUUCAGUCGAAUAGAAAGAUCCUUGGAGUAAUAGGACUAUGCCAUUGUCCUUCUUCACCUGAUCUAGGAGCUGUUUACGAACAGUUUCAGGGAAUUAGAAAGGCUUACUCUUCGGCUCUGGUUGAGAAGUGCUUUGCAUUUUGUCCUAGUGAUUCACAGGUUCAGCUAGAGGAUGGUGGUAAAAAAGGCAAUAAUUUGAUAUUGUUCCCACCUGCAGAUCGACAAACUCAAGAAUUUCACAUACAAACAAUGAUGCAAGAUCUUGCUGCUGCGUUGUUGAUGGAAUUUGAGAAGUAUGUUCUUCGUGCAGAAUCUGCAGGAACUAUUUUGAAGACACCUUUGGAUUCUCAAACGAGUCUCGGUUCUGAGGAGGUGAUCAAGGCAAAGAAACGGAGACUUGGACGAGCUCAAAAAACAAUUGGGGAUUAUUGUCUACUGGCAGGUUCACCUGUCGAUGCUAAUGAUCAUUAUUCCACGGCAAUAGAGUUGGCCAGAUUAACUGGAGAUGUUUUCUGGCAUGCUGGAGCCUUGGAGGGUACUGUGUGUGCUUUACUGCUUGAUCGGAUGGGUCAGAAAGAUCAAAUUUUAGAGGAGGCGAAAUACCGUUAUUAUGAUGUCAUUCAGCUUUACAGAAGGUCAUUUAUACAAGAUAAUGCCCAAAGAGUUCCAACUGUAAGCUUUGAACUCCAGGCUGCUUUGAAAUUGGCUAGAUUUCUUUGCAGGAGAGAGCUAGCUAAGGAGGUCGUGGAUUUAUUAAUGAGUGCUGCUGAUGGUGCAAAAUCACUGAUUGAUGCUAGUGAUCGCUUGGUAUUAUAUGUGGAGAUUGCUCGGUUAUUUGGGAAUCUUGGAUAUGAGCGUAAAGCUGCUUUUUUCUCAAGGCAAGUUGCUCAAUUAUAUUUGCAACAAGACAACUGCUGGGCUGCAAUUAGUGCAUUGCAAGUACUGGCGAUGACUUCAAAAGCCUAUCGCGUUCAGAGUAAAGGAACCAAUGCAAGAUCACAUUCAUUCCCCAAUGAACUCCGGUUGAGUCAUUUGGAAGGUGGGAAAUUGAACUCUCAGUCUAUAGUCUCAUUAUUUGAAUGCCAAUGGAGCACCUUACAAAUGGUUGUGCUGAGAGAGAUCCUAUUAUCUGCGGUCCGUGCUGGAGAUCCCCUUGCUGCAUGGAGUGCGGCAGCACGCCUGCUUAGAUCUUACUAUCCUCUUAUCACUCCUGCUGGUCAAAGUGGUCUUGCAAGUGCACUUUCAAAUUCAGCUGAGAGACUUCCUUCAGGAACUCGAUGUGCAGAUCCUGCUGUACCAUUUGUAAGGUUGCAUUCAUUUCCUUUUUACCCAUCACAAAUGGAUAUUAUUAAGCGCAAUUCAGGAAAAGAGGAAUGGUGGACAGGGUCCAUACCAUCAGGCCCUUUUAUUUACACACCUUUUAGCAAGGGGGAUCCAAAUGAAAGCCACAAGCAGGAUCUAAUAUGGAUUGUUGGGGAACCAGUUCAAGUUCUAGUAGAAUUGGCAAAUCCAUGUGGUUUUGACUUAACAGUUGACAGCAUAUAUCUUUCAGUUUAUUCUAACAACUUCAAUGCUUUCCCAGUAAGUGUAUGCCUUCCACCAAACACAUCAAAGGUCAUAUCGUUGUCAGGGAUACCGACUUCAGUUGGACCGUUAACAAUUCCAGGAUGCAUAGUCCAUUGUUUUGGUGUGAUCACAGAACACCUUUUUAGGGAUGUUGAUAAUUUGCUGAUAGGAGCUGCUCAAGGCCUUGUUCUUUCUGAUCCUUUUCGUUCCUGUGGAUCAACCAAAAUAAAGAAUGUAUUGGUUCCAAAUAUUAAUGUUGUACCUCCACUUCCACUUCUAGUUUCUCAUGUCGUAGGAGGAGAUAGUGCUGCUAUCUUGUAUGAAGGUGAAAUUCGUGAUGUCUGGGUAUGCUUGGCUAAUGCAGGGUCUACUCCAGUGGAGCAGGCACAUAUUUCACUUUCGGGUAAAAAUCAAGACUCUGUUAUUUCAAUUGGAUCUGAAAUACUGAAAUCGGCCCUCCCAUUGAAGCCUGGUGCAGAAGUGAUGAUUCCCGUGACUAUAAAAGCAUGGCAACUUGGCUUGGUGGAUUCUGAGAAUAGUACCAACAAGAAUCUCACUGGAAUUAUAGGGAGGACAUCCAAGGAAGGAAGCAGCCCAAUGCUGGUCAUUCAUUAUGCAGGACCAUCACAAUAUCAGGAAGAAGUUCAGACAAUUGAGCCUAUUUUACCCCCUGGCAGACGUGUGGUUGUGCCAUUGCAUGUGUGUGUAUUGCAAGGCUUAAGUUUUGUGAGGGCUCGUCUGCUGUCAAUGGAGAUUCCUGCUCACAUAAGAGAAACCCUUCCCAUACCGGUCUAUACAGAUGAAGCUGUCAGUGAUGAAGUUCCUGUCAAUGAAACUAAGGCAGAUUGCUUGGUCAAGAUUGAUCCAUACAGGGGUAGCUGGGGACUACGUCUUUUAGAACUUGAAUUGUCUAACCCAACAGAUGUUGUGUUUGAGAUUAGUGUAUCUGUUCAGAUGGAAGAUCCAACAACCUCUGAUGGUGAAACUUCUGAUUUUCAUUAUCCCAAAACUAGGAUUGAUAGGGAGUACUCAGCCAGGGUAUUAAUACCUCUAGAGCACUUUAAGUUACCAGUUUUUGAUAGAUCUUUUCUUCCAAAAGAAACAAAAAGAGUGGAGUCUUCGUAUGGUAAACAUUCAAACUUCACUGAGAGGCAUUCAAAGGCUGAGUUAAAUGCUUCAAUCAAGAACUUAACCUCUAGGAUAAAAGUAAGAUGGCAAUCUGGACGAAAUAGUUCCGGGGAAUUAAACAUCAAAGAUGCAGUUCAAGCCGCCUUGCAGACUACUAUAAUGGACAUAUUACUGCCGGAUCCAUUGACCUUUGGAUUUAGGCUUAGUAGAAAUAAAUUCUCAACUGGACCCUUAGAUGCCCAGCAAAAUGCUCGUAGUCAUGGAAGGCAUCACUCUGGUGAAGAUGGAAGAACUAAAGUAUUGAAUUGCUCCAUAUUAGCACAUGAAAUGACCCCAAUGGAAGUUCUUGUUCGUAAUAAUACCAAGGAGUUGGUUAAGAUGAGCCUCAGUAUCACUUGCAAAGAUGUUGCUGGAGACAACUGCUUUGAUGGUGAUAAGGCAACUGUCCUUUGGGCUGGUGUUCUGAGUGGGAUACGUGUGGAUGUUCCACCACUCCAAGAGAUCACCCAUUCGUUUGUCAUGUAUUUCUUAGUUCCAGGUGAAUACACAUUGAUGGGCUCUGCUGUCAUUGAUGAUGCCAGUGAUUUCCUCAGGGAUCGUGCAAGAACCGAUUCUUCUAAUGAGCCCAUCUUCUGCAGUGGUCCACCUUUCCGUUUGCAUGUGCUUGGAACAGCAUGAUUGUUUGUUUCUUAAGUUGUAUUCGCAAUUCCAUUUUUCGUCUUUGAUGCUGUAAUAUUUUUAUUUUACGUGAGUCAAUAUUAUUUGAUUGAUGUAGCUGAGGUAUUUUAAGCAAAUGUAAAUCAUGGACUCCCCUGCACUAUAUAAAGAGAGAAUAUUCUUAAAAUGGUCAA